AUGGUUAAAGAGCAAUUCAAGGAGUAUCGUGGAGAGUUACACCAAUGGUACAAGUGGUGUAGGACCCACGAUGAGACCGUACUGUCCACACCACCGCACGUGACUAUAGACGACUGGCGGAUACUCUAUGAGAGAUUUUUGUCUGAUGCUUUUCAGAAGAGGAGUAGAAUAAAUUCUCUGAACAGGGAAAAGUUACAAGUGAACCACGUAGCUAGUUCAAAGUCAUUUGUACCACAUCGUUACGACAUGCGAGAUUCCGUCACUGGCCAAGAGCCUGGACCAGUAAACCUCUACAGAGGAACUCACUGUUGACAGGCAACGGGAUCUUGUAUUCAUCC